AUGGACGGCGGCGAGGAUCGAACGUUCAAGGCGAACUUUACCGGCGAGGGGGUGACGAUGCUGCAGGACCGCGUCAAGGAGAAGCUCAGGGAGCUCAUGGGCGACUACUCCGACGACACCCUUGCCGAGUAUGUUGUAGUGCUGCUAAGAAAUGGGAGGCGCAAGGAUGAGGCUGCCAAGGAGCUACAGGUUUUUUUAGGCGAUGACAAUGAUGCAUUUGUAUCCUGGUUAUGGGAUCAUCUGUCCUCAAAUUUGCACCUAUAUGUUCAGCCUAAAGCUGCCUCUUCUAAAGAUGAUGCUAGAAGCACUCGCAGUGCUGCCAGAGGAUUGCCUGUUCACAGUGUGACAAGCAGCAUACAAGUGAAUCAUGAACCUGAAGCUGAAACCCAGAAGACAGUAGUAACCCAUCAAAAAAGAGAUUGGGGUAAUCAAAAAAGAGAUUGGGGAACAAUUGGUCAAGGUCAAUCAGAAGCAGUUCCUCUUAGAAGCGUUGUAGCCAAUGUUUCUCAUGCAGAGGAAAAAGAUUUUCAUGAAUCACAUGCAGAUGAAAGGGCUUAUCAUAAAUCACAUUCUGUAAGACGAACCCGCUCUCCUGACAUGCAUAACCACAGAAAGAGGAGCAGAGACGCAGAUGUGCGGUUUACCAAGAGGGCAUCUCAUCCAGUUGUUGGUGCACCACGUCGGCUUCUUCAGUUUGCUGUUCGUGAUGCUGUCAGAACUGUGCAGCCAGUUACUUCUAGUUCAGAACCAGCUUCCAAGCGACUUCGUUCUGUAGUGUCUACAUUGGGGUCAGAUUCCACACUUGAUAUUACUCAUAUUAGGUUACAGAAAACAAAUUCAGAUUUGAGAAUACCAGGUGCCACAGCAGCACUAAGAGCUGCAGCUGAGGCUGCUGAAGAUGCUCUCAAGGAUAGCUUUUCUGGAAGUGUUUUUAGUAGAUUGGGCAGAAUGCCCAAAAUAAAUUCUACUGAACAAUCACCUGCUCAUAGAGAAGAAGAUCUUGAAGGCAAUGAAUAUGAGAAUAUAGAUAACAUACAAGCAGAAAAUCAAGUUGAAUUUUAUGAAAGAAAUCAACAUGGUGGCAGCGAUGUUUACAUGCGUGAUCGGAGAACAGAGGAAGCUACAGGUUCUAUUCCCAAUAUUGAUGAGUAUGAUCACAACAGUGCAAUUAGGUGUAAUGGAUUGGGUUCUCGCCGAAGUGCAUUGCCUGCUAGUGGAGGUAAAGAGUCAUUAGUACUGGGGUAUGUAAGAGGAGCUUCUGAAGUAAGAAGCAGAAGAUUGAUAGCUCAGGGGCCACAUGCUGGUUCAGGACGAAGACCAUCUGAAAAGAUCCUAAAUGUUUCUGGUAACACUAACACACAGAAGUUUCCAACUCAUGCAACUAGGGAUGCCAUUGCAUUUGACCCUCAAGUGCCAAUGGAGAAGGUUGCUGAUGCAAGGAAAGCACAUGUGAAGAUUGCACAUGCUAAUGAUAUGUCCACGAUGACUGAUAAGUCCAAAGAUUUGAUACAGCCAAGUUCAAUGCUGGAGGCACAGAAGGCUUCAUCAGGUGCUGCUGGAUCAAAUACUACAGGUCAACCCGAAGGUGGCCCUGAUUCUAGAACUGUCUUUGUUAGCAAUGUACAUUUUGGUGCAUCAAAAGAUGCUCUUUCUCGUCACUUCAAUAAGUUUGGGGCGGUCUUAAAGACCCAUAUUGUGACCGAUGGUGUCACUGGUCAGUCAACUGGCUCAGCGUAUAUUGAGUUUUUGCACAAAGAAUCAGCAGAGCAGGCGUUGACCCUGAACGGGACAUCAUUUAUGUCACGCAUUUUGAAGGUCGUUCGGAAAAGCUCCACUGAAGCAACCCAAUUGCCUGGCUUGCCCCGUGCUUCUUGGGGAUCACCAUUUGCUUCAAGGCUCAUUAGAACUGCAUACCCAAGGCCGAUGUUUCCUGGUGCAAUCCGUGGACGAUUGCCACUCAGGGGUGUUGCCCGGAGUUUACAGUGGAAGCGCGGUGCUGCUGAUUCCGCAGAUGCUGGAAAACCUAGUCAAACUGCACCUGCAGCUCCUGGCAAUCAGUCGAUCACCCCGACCACAAGAAGCUUCACCUACACACGCACGGAGCCAAAACCAAAUGACGGUGCGAUGGCAUGA